AUGGUGGGGGCGUCGCGGGAGAUGACGGUGGUCAGGAUACCAUUGAAGAGCGCGAAGCAUCAUUUCGGCGUCUCGCUGUCGCGGGGCACGCGUCCAUACAACGAGGACACGUUCCAGGCGGGCACAAUUGAGAUUCCGGCCUUCGCGAAGAGGCAGCCCAUGUCUGUGACGCGAAAUCGAAGCGGGAGCAUCACGAGCGAGGUCACACCCGCGGGUACGGCAAGCGGCGACCCGCAGGUCUUCUACUUUGGCGUCUUCGAUGGGCAUGGUGGGAGCGAGUGCGCCGACUUUCUCAGAGAGGAGCUGCAUAGCUAUAUAGAAGCGGCAACGAGGCUGUUCGAGCUGGAGAGCAGUCUGAAGAGGAAGGGCCCCAUGGAGCGCUAUGUUGGAUGGCCGAGCAGUAUGGGCAACCAGGAUGACAGACCUGCAGAGGGCCAUACCGCAGGAAGGGAGAGCUUGGACGCCAUCAAGACGCACACGCCGCCUGGGACGGAGCCUGUCAAACCUCCGAAGCCUGGUACCGACGAAAAGCCGCCACCAGGAGGAGUUGAUAGUACGGCAGAGCCAUUAGGCAGCGCACCACCUGUACAGCAGUCGCAAAGCCUAAGGAAGGCGGAGGAGCUGGAAAGGUGUCUAGUCAGGGACUGGAGAGAGCUGGUGGGUGGCUAUUUCAAGCGGUUCAAGCCCGAGUAUUUCUCCAUGUCGGCCGGUGGACGUGGCCAUCCUGCAGAGAAGGAGGUUGUCUCAAAGCGUGCCAAUCCUGGCUCUUCUAUCCCGGACAACACCUCCGAAGGCAUCGGCAUCGAAACGGCCCUCGAGUACGCGUUUCUGAAAGCAGACUACGAUUUCAUAUCGGCGCAGGUUGGUAAACAGGACGAAGAUCCAGUUCGUGCCGAUCGCGCCAUCAACGACGAUGACAUCCUGGGCCAUCCGUCACGCUCCGGCAAAAACAUCGGCGGGUCACGGCGCUUCAAGGGCGGAAGCACAUGCAGCAUCGCGCUUAUAUCGACGCCUACGCCGUCCCCCUUCUGGCACCCAGCAUCUCCGUCUACCAUCGUUACCGCUCACGUCGGCGACACACGGAUCCUCCUCUGCGAUACAGCAACCGGACAAGCCGUCCCACUGACCUCGAACCAUCAUCCUUCCCUCCCCGAAGAAGCAACCCGCCUACGCCGAUAUGCCGCGACCUUUGUAACCGACUCCUUCGGCGAGGAGCGCGUGUCCGGCCUCGCCAACACACGCGCCUUCGGCGACAUGGCCUCCAAACGCAUCGGUGUAUCUGCCGAGCCAGAGAUCCGCCGCGUCGAAUUGCACCCCGCAGAAUACUCGUUCCUCGUACUCGUCUCCGAUGGCGUGUCCGGGCACUUAUCCGACCAGGAGAUCGUCGAUAUCGUCAAGGAGGCGAAGACGCCGGAGCAGGCAGCGCGCGAUGUGACAAGCUAUGCCGUCGAGGUCGCCAGUGAUGCGGAUAAUGCUACGACGCUGGUUGUGAGGCUCGGCGGGUGGGAGAGGAGGAAUGAGGGCGGGUUGGGCAGUAUGGGGACACGGGAGUUGAGGGACUGGAGGAAGAAUGAGGCGGAAGAUCCGAGGGGGAGGAGAAUGUAG